UGGGGGAGGAGAUAUUACUUCUGCUUACUGUAAUUUUGAAACCGGCGUUGGGCAGCAUUGAUCCCAAAUAGCGGAGUGGCAUUUCUUCUAUAUCUGACUCGGCUUGUUUCAUGGCACUCCAGAAGAAACUACAGGGGCUGGUUGCGGCCACCAUUACCCCAAUGACUGAGGAUGGAGACAUCAAUCUCUCUCUGAUUCGCCGGUAUGUGGAUUACCUAAUAAAUCAGCAAGGUGUCAAGAAUGUAUUUGUGAAUGGAACAACAGGAGAAGGUCUAUCCCUAAGCAUUCAGGAGAGAAAACAGCUGGCAGAGGAAUGGGUUACUCAAGGCAAAGAUAAACUGGAUCAUGUAAUAAUUCAUGUUGGAUCACUGAGCUUACCUGAAUCCAAGGAUCUGGCCAAGCAUGCAGCCCAGAUAGGAGCGGAUGGCAUAUCGGUCAUUUCCCCUUUUUUCUUCAAACAGGUGAAUAAAGAUGAAUUGGUUGCCUUCUUCCGGGAUGUUGCAUCUGAAGCUCCUAAUAUCCCAUUCUAUUAUUAUCACAUUCCUCCAAUCACUGGCAUUAAAUUUUGUGCUGAAGAAUUACUAACUAGUAUGAAAGAGAAGAUUCCCACCUUUAAAGGGGUGAAGUUCAGUGACAGAGACCUCCUGGAUUUGAGGCAAUGCCUGCAAAAAAGUGAAGAAGACAAUUUUGUGUUUAUGUAUGGUGUGGAUGAGCAACUGCUGAGUGCACUGGUGACAGGAGCAAAUGGGGCAGUCGGAAGUACAUAUAACUACCUGGGCUGGUUACAUAACUUAAUGCUGGAAGCUUUUGCCUCUGGAGAUUUGUAUACAGCACAAAAAUAUGAGUUUCGUAUUCAGGCGUUCUUAGGCUAUCUCAUUUCACUAGGCUAUGGUGUUCCACAAAUCAAAGCAGUCAUGACAUUCAUUUCCGGGAUCCCGAUGGGCCCACCACGACUUCCACUUUCACCUGUCUCUGACGACUUCAUUGCUAAAGUAAAAACCAAACUGGAAAGCCUGAAUAACUGUCUUUCUGGUUCAGUUUAAACCUCACGGUGGUCUUAAAAUAUCCAUAUAAUUUGAUAAACAGGUAACUUGAAAUGUAGUGUUUGAAAUACUUGAGGAUUGCAUCAUUUUCAUGAGGUUUCAUGAAUUUGGUCUGGGCUACUUCUUAUCCAAAAUGAUCUGGCCUUGUUUGUGUGGAAGAUGAUACCUGCUUCUAGUCUGCCAAUGCUGUGAAGUUUUCCAGAGGAAAGAGACUAACUUUGAAAUAGGAGGAUCUUGUUUCCAACAAAAGAAGUCUUAUCUCCUGAAAUUCUUCUGCAAUCUUAGAGAGCAUGGCACAAUUUAAACAACUGAUUUAUUUCUUAUUGCUUUCAUAUCUUGAAGUAAUAUGAACAAUAAUGUAGUGUUCAAAGCUCUGCAUUUAUAGAACCCAAACUCUAGAAGUCUUUUACAUUUAUUCUUGAAAUUUGCAUACUGUUGAAAACUUGAAAUAGGAACAUGUCCAAUUGGAAUUAGGAAUUGUAAUUAACAAGUGUUUUCUAGCUUUUUUUUUUUAGAGAAAAACAAGCACCAUUUUUUUAAAUAAUGAAAGAGUAACCAAAAAAAGGAAUAAAGUUAACUAUACACUCCUUGCUUAGAAGGCUGAACAACAAAGUAUUAUUUAAAAAAGAAAUAACCUGGGAUUUCAUCUCAAAUCAUGAAAUGGAACUUAUUCUCAACAUGAUGUGUUGAGCCUUAUGUUUUUGUUUACUACGACGCUUUUUAAUCAUAGGCAGCCUAUGAAAUAAGUAUUCGCCUCAAAGUAUAUUAUAAUAUUGCAAGAAAAGGGGAGGAUUGUUAUACUAGCCUUGGAUGACACUGUUUUGAUGUGAAAAUUAGUAAAGCAGGCAUUCUAACCAUUAGCGGUUUACUAGGGUCAGGAGUGAUAAAGGAGACUACACAUCAUGGAAAGAAAUUCCUUUCCAUCUGAUAAUAUCCUGAAUAACGCUUCCAAGCUACCAAACCUAUCCCAAUUGAUUAUGGGAGUUAUAGUUCAAAUAAAUGGAUGAAACAGUAGCAGAUACUAUCAUUUUGUGCAAGUCUUUAAAAGGUAAUAAGAUCUUAAAUUUAAAACAACACUCAAUGUCAAAAAAAACCUAACUUGUUAUAUUUUUUAACCCAUGCUAUUAUUAGUAGAUAUUCCCUUUUGCUGAUCAAAUAGGAAAAAAUGAAAGCUCUUUACAAAUAAUGAUUAUGCUUCAAAUACAUCCUGACCAUUGUAUGUUUAGCAUAAGGUUUUCCUUGGAUUAUGACAGCAAUUGGGAUUAAGAUUUCAUACCCCUGAAAAUAUAUCUUAAAAUGUGUUGAACAUCUUGCCUGUUGCAUUAGAAGAUGGGCAAGAUAUUCUUCAUGAGAAAUUGUUCAGCCCUUUGUUUCUAAAUGAGGACUGCCUUUUAAAAUUCUUUCUAUUAUACUGGUAAUCCAUUAGUUUUUGGUCUUAUAGAAAACAAGGAACUUCAAAAUCCAAUCAUAUUCUUUCUUUAUAUCUUAAUUAUAAUGUGCUUCCAGAUAGUGCUUUAAUGAAUAAUUGCCCACCAAUCAUUUAUACUUGCUGUUCUUUCUAUAACUACCAUUAAUUUUCUUGCUGCCAAAAUUUCACCAGUGAGAAAAAUAUGCAAGGGCUUCAUGGUGCCUUUUUAUAGUUACAAGUAGGAGUCCUCUGCCUAGAAAUACUAUUAUUGUCUGAGCUUGAGUUGAUCGAGUAGGUGCACUUUCAAAGCUAAUAUCAAAUGUAUUUCUGCUUCUGUUAAUAUGGAAAUACGUUAAAUGCUGACAGAACAGAGGAAAACAAAAAACAAACAAAGCUGCAUGAUUGUUUCAUGCAGCUGAUUGCCUGCUGAUGACUGAUUGCUAACUACUGCUAAUUGUUUCCCUAAAUGCUAUUGAUUGAAUAAAGUUUGUUUCCCAAGUGAC